CGUAAAGAGAGAGAGAGAGAGAGAGAGAUGAUGGCCAUGGCAACUAAGUCAGUUUCUUCCUUCGCCAUACUUUUCAUCCUCUUUCUAGUUAUCAUAGAGUUGCCGGAGACAAAAGCACAGGAUAGAAAAUGUCUUCAAGAAUACGGCGGCGACGUGGGUUUCCGUUUCUGUGCGCCUCUGAUAUAUCCGUCGUUUUGUUAUCGAAGAUGCCGUGAGAACAAGGGAGCCAAAGGUGGAAGAUGCCAAUCAGGAGCGGCCGGCGCUGGUAGUAUGAAGUGCUUAUGCGAUUUCUGCAGCGACAAGCCUUAAUAAAACUCUCAAGCGAUCGUUACAUAUACUUUGGCCGUAGACGCAGACGCCUUGUGUCUGAAACUUAUGUGUCAUGUCAUGGUUUGUUUAAUAAUACGGGUCAAUGGUCCAAGUAAGCAAUGUAACUAAUGAAUUUAGUGAAAUGAAAUAAAGAGACGUACGACUUUGUUUUCUGUAA